AUGACGGGUGUUAUUGGAUCAUUGGCGGAGUUCCAAAUGGAUGGAGACUGGUCAAUUUAUCAAGAAAGAAUGGAACAAUUUUUCUUAGUUAAUACAAUACCGGAGGAACGCAAGGUACCGUUGUUAAUUACAUGUAUUGGGGAAAAAGCAUACAAAACACUAAAAGAUUUGUGUGACCCUUUAAUGCCAUCCGAAAGACCGUAUAAGGAACUAUGUACUAUAUUAAAUAGGCAGUUCUCUCCUAAAGUGUCAGUCUUUAGACAGCGGGAAGAAUUUUAUAAUUUAAGACAAAAUUCUAAUGAAAACGUAAAGGAUUGGUAUGCAAGAAUAAAAAAUUCGGCAACAACAUGUAAAUUUGGAAAAGGAUUAAUUGAUGUUCUUAGAGACAAGUUUAUAACUGGUAUGAGAAAUGGACAAAUUAAAGACCGGUUAUGCGAAGAAGAAAUAUCUAAAGAGCUAAACAAAAUAGUAGAAUUAGCAAUGCAGAAAGAAGUAACCAUGCAAUCAAAUGUUCCAGUGGAAGUACACAAAGUAAAAAAAUGGAACAUAUCAAAGGAUGUCAAGAAAAAAGUUGGAGCAUCAGGAUAUGGGCAAAUAACAAAUAAGAAAAAACCAACAGACUUUUCAGACAACAGUAAAGCAGCAGGUCAAGGAAAAUGUUUUACAUGCGGAUUAAGUAACCAUACGUUUAGUAAUUGUAAGUAUAAAACUUAUAAAUGUAAAAUUUGUAAUAAAAUAGGACAUUUAGCUAAAAUGUGUAAAAACAAAUCAAAAAACCAUUAUGUAGAAGUAGAAACUGAGUCAGAAUCAGUAGAAAUGUUUCAAUUAAAAGUAGGUUAUCAAAAAAGUGUAGAGCCAUAUUUUGUGAAAAUUAAAAUUGAAGAAAUAUACAUUGAUAUGGAAUUAGACUCUGGGGCAGGAAGAUCUAUAAUUCCUUUUAAAUUAUAUAAAAAAUAUUGGUCUAAAUUAAAAGUCAUUCCUAGUUUAAUUAAAUUAAAAACAUACAAUGGAGAAAUUAUAAAUCCAGUCGGAGAAGUUAUGGUUGAUAUGGAAUAUAAGAAUAAGAAGGAACAAUGUAAUUUACUAAUAGUAGAAAAUGGAUGUAGAGCUCUAUUGGGAAGAGAUUUAAUGAGUUUAUUUGGUAUACAGUUGGUGGAUGUAUCAAAUAUUACAGUAAAUAAUUUAGAUUUUGGUGUAAAAAAAUUGUUAAAAGAAUUUGAGGAAUUGUUUAAAAAUAAAUUAGGAAAGUAUAAACAAGAAAAAAUUACCUUAAAAAUAAAAGAAGGAGUAAUGCCAGUUUUUUGUAAACCAAGGUCUAUUCCAUUUGCAUAUAUUGAAAAAGUCGAAAGGGAACUUGAGCGUUUGGAAAAAGAAAAUGUGAUUGAGAAAGUGGAAAAUGCCCAAUGGGGUACACCUCUAGUGCCUGUGAUUAAGCCAAAUGGGACAGUAAGGUUAUGUGCAGAUUAUAAGACAACUAUAAAUAAGUAUUUAGAAGAUUAUAACUACCCAUUACCGAAAGUCGAAGAACUGUUUGUAGCUUUGCAAGGAGGAAAAUUUUUUAGUAAGUUAGAUUUUAUAAACGCUUAUAAUCAAUUGGAAAUAUGUGAAGAUACUCAAAAGUUAUUAGCAUGGAGUACACACAAAGGUAUAUAUAAAGUAAAGAGAUUGCCUUUUGGAACAAAACCGGCUUGUUCAAUUUUUCAGCAAGUAAUCGAAAAAGUCCUACAAGGUUUAAAAGGUGUAAAAAAUUUUUUGGAUGAUAUCAUUGUAACAGGAGUAGACGAUGAAGAUCAUUUGAACAAUUUGAGAGAAGUUUUUAAAAGAUUACUAGAUGCGGGUUUUAAACUAAAUGUGAAUAAAUGUUGUUUUUUUCAAAAGCAAGUAAAUUAUUUAGGACAUGUAAUUGAUGGGGAAGGAAUAAGGAAAGAUAAAGAUAAAGUAAAAGCUAUAGUUGAAGCAAGAAUACCACAAAAUGUGACAGAGGUUAAAGUUUUUGUAGGUAUGAUUAAUUACUAUGCCAAAUUUAUUCCAAAUUUGUCUACACUGUUAGGUCCUAUGUAUAAGCUAUUAAAAAAAAAUAUAACAUUUAAAUGGACAAACCAAUGUAAUGAAGCUUUUAAUAAGUCCAAGGAAGCAAUAACAUCAGAUUCGGUAUUAGUACAUUUUAAUCCUGAAAUACAAAUAAAACUUUUAUGUGAUGCUUCUGAAUAUGGGGUAGGUGCUGUUUUAGUUCAUGUUUUUUCUGAUGGAACAGAAAAACCUAUAAGUUAUGCUUCAAGGGUAUUAACGGUAGCUGAAAGAAAAUAUGCUGUGAUACAAAAGGAGGCUCUAGCUAUUUUCUGGAGUGUAAAAAAAUUUUCACAAUAUUUAUUAGGCAGAAAAUUCAUUUUAUGUUCGGACCAUAAACCAUUGUUAGCAUUAUUUGGGGAACAUAAUGGCAUUCCACGUAUGGCAUCAAAUAGAUUACAACGUUGGGCUUUAUUUUUGUCAGAAUUCGAUUAUGAAUUAAAAUAUGUGCAAGGCAGAAAUAAUUGUGCAGCUGAUGGGUUGUCCCGUUUACCAUUGGAAAUUAAAAGUGAUGAAAAUGAUAACGAGUACAGUUAUAUAGAUUUUGUGGAAGGAAUGAUACCUUUAGAUGUGUUGAAAAUUAAAAUAGAAACAAGGAAAGAUACAAUACUAAGUAAAGUUUAUAGUUGGGUUGAAGAAGGGUGGCCAGAAAAAGUUGAUUUAGAAUAUAAAGGUUAUUUUAUUAGAAAAAGUGAACUAAAUAUUGAAAAAGGUGUAAUUAUGUGGGGCUAUAGGGUAAUUAUUCCAAAUAAGUUGAGAAUAUUUUUAUUAAAAGAGAUACAUAGCACACAUGCAGGUAUUGCAAAAAUGAAAUCGGUUGCCAGAUCUUAUUUUUGGUGGCCUGGACUUGACAAAGAAAUAGAAAGUUAUGUUAAAAGUUGUGAAGUCUGUGUAUCAUGUCAGGCUAGUCCAGUAGUAGAUAGGCAAGCUAAGUGGGCAGAAGCCGUUGGUCCUUUAGACAGAGUACAUUUAGAUUUUUUGUAUUUAAAUAACAAAAAUUAUUUAGUAUGGAUUGAUGCGUUUACAAAGUGGCCUGAAGUUAUAGAAAUGAGUAAAAUGAAUAGUGGGUAUUUAAUUGAGAAACUGAGGGAGAUUUUUGGACGUUUUGGCUUACCAAAUAAAAUCAUUUCUGAUAAUGGUCCACAAUUUCGUUCUAGUGAAUUCAUAGAAUUUUGUAAACAAAAUGGAAUUGUAUUUUAUACAUCACCACCUUUUCAUCCUGCUACAAAUGGUGCAGCUGAAAACGCAGUUAAAUCUCUUAAAAGAGGAAUAUACAAGGCAUUAAAAGAUAAAAUUAAUAAAGGUGUGACUGUGAGUACAUUAAUAAACAGAUAUUUAUUCAUGUAUAGAAACUCACCACAUUGGACAACAAAUGAAUGUCCGGCAAAAUUAAUGUUUGGGCGAAAGUUAAAAACUCGUUUAGAUUUUCUAAGACAUUCAAAGAUAAAGAAAAAUACUGAGAGUUAUAAAAAUAAAACUAUUAGAAAUGAAGUUUUCAAGGAAGGAGAUGUAGUCUAUGCGAGAGAUUUUUCUAAUCCAAAUAAAAAAAAUUGGGAAAAGGCAGUGAUAGAAGAAGUGUUAGGAAACAGAAAUUAUAUAGUUAGACUUGAAGAUAAAGAGUUAGUAUGGAGAAGACAUAUAAAUCACAUAAUUAAGUUGGAAGAAUUUAGUAAGUAUGAUGACUAUAUAAAAAACUAUGAAAAAGAGUUUUUAGAGGAAGUUAAAGAAAAAGAGAAAGAGAUAAAAACACAGGAGUUAGAAAUUAAAAAAGCUAGUGAAAAAGUUGAUGAAAAAGAGAAACAGAAUAUUACAGAUGUUAAUGUUAAUGAUAAAGUUAGUUUACCUGAAGUUAAACAAAAUAACGUUAGGCCUGUUAGAAACAAGAAGUCACCUAAACGUUUAGAUUUAUAA